AUGAAAAGCACCACCGCCGGUUGUAUUCUGAUGAAAUAUAUGAUAUUUUUGGUGUUGAUUGUCCUUCCAAUAGGAGGUGACUCUCUUGAUGCUGCCUUAGCUGACGCUGAAAAAAGCAAAAAAGUGAUCAAGGUUAACCUGGACGGCAGCGGCGAGUUCAAGACGGUGACGGAUGCCCUCAAAAGCAUUCCUACGGAUAAUAAAGAGCGUGUUGUCAUUUCGAUAGGACCGGGGGAGUAUGUAGAGAAGAUCACAGUGGACAAGCCAUUCAUCACCUUCUACGGGUCGCCCCAGAACAUGCCCACCUUGUCCUUCGGCGGUACGGCUCAUGAGUAUGGCACCGUCGAUAGUGCUUCCGUAAUGGUGCUGGCUGACUACUUUGUGGCCGCCAAUAUCAUCAUGAAGAAUUCGGCUCCAAUACCCACCGGCCAAUUUAGAUUCAACGGAGGUCAGGCAGUGGCAAUGAGAGUCUCCGGGGACAAGGCGGCGUUUUAUAACUGCAGGUUCAUCGGCUUUCAAGACACAUUGUUGGCUUACAAGGGCAGGCACUACUUCAAGGAUUGCUACGUUGAAGGGACAGUGGAUUUCGUCUUCGGUGGUGGAAAAACUCUGUUUAUGAACACUGAGAUACGCUCGAUAUCAAAUGAGCUUGUAAUGAUCGUGGCACAAGCGAGAAAGAAUGCAAGUGAAGAUAAUGGCUUCUCUUUCGUUCAUUGCAAGGUUACAGGAACCGGAGACAUCUAUUUAGGGCGGCCAUGGUUUCCUUACGGAAGGAUUAUCUUCGCCUUCACUGAUAUGUGCGCCCAAGUCAAUCCUUUAGGCUGGCAUGAAGGAGCAUUUCCCACAACCAAUGUUUACUUCGUUGAGUAUAAGAACACAGGACCAGGAUCAAACACAGAUAAGCGUCCAGCAUGGGUGAAAACAAAGCUAAGUGAUGCAGAAGUCCAACCUUUCUUGAGCACGGGAUUCAUUAAUGGCGAUGAUUGGCUUACCCCUCCUCCAAGUUUGUAAACCAAUCCAUCCAUGGUCGUCACACCAUUCUUUUCUAGAAUUUUGACCUCAAUUUUCCACUUUG